AAGCCGCUCAAGAUGACCCGGAGUCCCAAAUGCGCUCGCUGUCGGAAUCACGGCGUGGUUUCGUGUUUGAAAGGUCACAAACGCCUGUGCCGCUGGAGGGACUGCGGCUGCGCCUGUUGCCUGCUGGUGGUGCAGCGGCAGCGCGUCAUGGCCGCGCAGGUCGCACUGAGGAGGCAGCAGGCUGCGGAGGGUAAGAGGGGUGUAAAGUGUGCAACUCAUUCACAGAAGACUUUGUUUCAGCGCUCUACUGGGGCAGUUGAACCAAGUGUGGUGCAGAGCAAGAGCAUCCUGCAAGGGCUAACACCACGGGAAGGCAAGAGUUCAUGUUGUUCAACUAAGACAGAGUGUGACCAUACACACUUUACAAGCUCUGCCAUUAGUGCCCGCAUGAGGAAAAGACGGACAUUUGCUGACAAGGAGCUGGAGAAUGUGAUGCUGGAGCGGGAGCUGAAACAGAGAGAGUUCCAGAGUGACCUUUGCUUUCCCUACAGGACCUUUGUCCCCUCACUUUAUCAAGUGCCUCUACCUAUCACACCAAGUUUGCAGUCAUUCAACAAAGUCCCUUUAUCUGCAGGGACAUCCAGCUUUGGGUCUGUGUGUAAUAAUUUAUUCAAGCCUCGUCAAGACUGGGACUUCCAUUUCUACCACUGCUUUCACUUUAAGAGCACAGCAUUUUCAAAAUGUGACUAUGGUGACUCUCAGUUCCACAAAAGGUCUGGCCACGCCAAAGAUUAUAAGGAUGAAGUGCAGCAUACCUGGAAAGACUGCGAAAAGGAAGAUACAUCAGAGCUCAUACAGCUGCCUAUACAACAAACUCUCAAACACUAUGGUAGCACUUUGUUGGACCUCACCAAAGCUCACUCAAAACCAAGAGAAAUUAGAGCCUCUAGUGUCACACACUCUAUUUUUGUAUCAGAUCAGGAGAUCCUGGAUUUGCCAAAUGUCAAGGCCCCCAGCAGGACCUUUGAUCCGUUAGCGCUGACAGCGAGGGACUGGUGUGCCGACACUCCUGCCGCCUUGACACAUCCACGUGAAGACUCUUUCAAGAGCUUUCCUGGCAGCUCGGGCAGAACUCCAGCUGUGAAGCCACUACCUUUCUCAGUGGAGGCUCUGCUAAGGGCCUGA